AUGGAGGAAGAGUUAAAAUGCCCCGUUUGCGGUUCUCUCUUCAAGGACCCCAUCUUGCUGCCGUGCUCCCACAAUGUGUGCCUGGCCUGUGCUCGGAACAUCACCGUUCAGACCCCGGAGGGAGAGACCCCGGUGCAGAGCCGAGCGUCGGGCAGCUCUGACUACGACUACCUGGACAUGGACAAGAUGAGUCUGUACAGCGAGACGGACAGCGGAUACGGCUCCUACACGCCGUGCCAGCUCAAGUCUCCAAACGGGGUGCGUGUGUUUCCGCCGGCCAUCCCUCACCGACACUGCUCCCUCACCUGCCCGCUCUGCCACCGGAGCGUCUCCCUGGACGAGCGGGGACUCCGGGGUUUCCCUCGGAACCGGCUGCUGGAGGCCAUCGUGGCGCGGUACCAACAGAACCGCGCCGCCUCCGCUUCCUCCUCUUCCUCCUCUACAGCGGUGAAGUGCCAGCUGUGCGACCGCAACCCAGUGGACGCGGCGGUGAUGUGCGAGCAGUGCGACGUCUUCUACUGUAACGCCUGCCAGCAGCGGUGCCACCCGUCCCGCGGUCCGCUCGCCAAACACCGCCUGGUGCCGCCGCCGAACCAAGCGGCAGGAGGAGGUGCGGCAGGCGGAGGCGGGAGCGGCGGUGGUGGCAGCGGUGGCGGAGCUGGGGCAGGCAGCGGCGGUCAGCAGCCGCCCGCUACCGCGCGGAAACCGGCGACCUGCGUGGACCAUGAAGCGGAAAACUUCAACAUGUACUGCUGCAGCUGCAAGGCUCCGGUGUGUAUGAAGUGUCUGGAGGAGGGGAAACACGCCAAGCACGACGUCAAACCGCUGGCGGUGAUGUGGAAACAACACAAGUGCCAGCUCUCCCAGGCCCUGAACGGUGUCUCUGACAAAGCUAAAGAUGCCAAGGAGUUCCUGGUUCAACUCAAGAACAUGCUCCAGCAGAUCCAGGAGAACGGUGUUGAGUUUGAGGCCUGCCUCGUGGCUCAGUGCGACUCCCUGAUCGAGGCGCUGACCAGACAGAAAGCCAAGCUGCUCACCAAAGUCACCAAGGAGAAGGAGUACAAACUAAAGGUGGUGCGUGACCAGAUCACCCACUGCACCAUGAAGCUACGUCAGACCACAGGUAUGAUGGAGUACUGCCUGGAAGUCCUCAAAGAGAACGAUCCCAGUGGAUUCCUCCAGAUAUCUGAUGCCCUGAUCAAGCGGGUGACGUCGUCUCAGGACCAGUGGGUAAAAGGCGCACUGGAGCCAAAAGUCGGCCCCGAGUUUGACCUCACCCUCAACACCGACUCACUGCUCCAGACCAUCCUGCAGCUAGACUUCUUGGAGAUCGGGCCCUCGGUGCCGGCGGCUCCUCUCCUGCAGCUGGAGAAGUGCUGCACCAGGAACAACAGCGCCACCCUGGCCUGGAGAGUAACUGCAUCCCCUGGCAGCCCCAUCGAGGGCUACAUCCUAGAGUUGGACGAUGGCAACGGAGGACAGUAUAGGGAAGUCUAUGUAGGGAAGGAGACUGUGUGUACGGUGGACGGCCUCCAUUUUAACAGCGCCUACAAUGCCAGGGUGAAAGCCUAUAAUGCCAUCGGCGUGGGGCCCUACAGCAAGACGGUUGUACUUAAGACCUCUGAUGUGGCAUGGUUCACCUUUGACCCCACCUCGGCUCAUCGGGACAUUGUUCUGUCCAAUGAAAACCAGACAGUCACCUGUAACAGCUACGAUGACCGUGUGGUGCUGGGAACCGCUGCUUUCUCUAAGGGCAUCCACUACUGGGAGGUCUGCAUCGAUCGCUAUGACAACCACCCGGACCCUGCGUUUGGCGUGGCGAGGAUCAACACCAUGAAAGACAUGAUGUUAGGGAAGGACGACAAGGCGUGGGCCAUGUAUGUGGACAACAACCGCUCCUGGUUCAUGCACAACAACUCCCACACCAACAGGGCAGAGGGAGGCAUCACUAAGGGCUCCACUGUGGGCAUCCUGCUGGAUCUGACCAAACACACUCUGACCUUCUACAUCAACAAGGAGCAGCACGGACCGACUGCCUUCGAGAACCUGGACGGGGUCUUUGUGCCAGCUGUCAGCCUCAACAGAAACGUACAGGUGACCUUACUGACCGGCCUGGAGGUGCCAAAGAAUAUCAAACAGUAGGAGCUCCUUCCUCCUCCCCCCUGAGCGUGCCCUGGAUACAAACAUAUGAUGUCACAUAUACGCAGCCUCAGUUUACUCCCACGUGGACCUUUUCCUUUCUCAUCCUUCUCAAGGUGCCCCCAGUGUGAAACCCUGUCUGAUCAUUUGGGA